ACUUCUGAAACAUUUUCGUCAAGACAGUGACACAUUAUUUGUCGUUUUUCUUACUUCUUACCAAUCAUUGACAACUGUGAACUGAAUCAAAAUUGAAACAUGUUUCUCAUAAACAUUUCAAAACUCACAAGUUAUCAACGCAUUCUACUAUAUUUUUGAUAAAAGGGUCUGAAGCCAAGCCCACCAAGUUUUAUUCAAGUGUCAGUAAAUAGCUGUGAUAUGUGUUUUAGAUCUAUUAUAAUUAUUAUAUCUUUUGUGAGAAGUACUUUUGACCAGCAUGCAACCUAUAAGGACGUUUAGAAGUAGCCUUCUGCAGGUUAUUACUCUACAUAUAUUUGAAAUGAGGAACACCCUAAUUCCUUUCGGAUUAUGCAUUCUUAUUUCUGGAGUAUUCAGCAACCUGUGUUCGGCACCAUGCUCCUGUAUCGAUAGAACCGUCGACUGUUCAAAUUUGAAGUUGAAAACCCAGUUUAAUAAAACUGAAUGGGAUGGAAUGCAGUUGAUAACCGAAGCAAAAUUUGAUGUCAAUCAAAUAAGACAUUUGACUCAGUACCCAAAGUUGCCUUUGGUGUAUCUUUCUUUGACACAUAAUAUGAUAUCAACGAUUGACGAUGGAGCUUUUUCAAAUCUAGAGAGUUUGACAAUUCUGGAUCUAAGUCAUAACUACCUCGACUCUGGUCAUCUAAAUCCAAACAUAUUCAAGGGACAGUACCAGCCUGAAUAUUACGCUCCUUUGAAAAAUUUGACCGAAUUGAAUCUAAGUCAUAAUUUGUUGUAUACUCUCCACCCGGAUGUAUUCGAACACCUUCCAAGGCUUGAAAGGCUGUCACUUAACAACAAUCCGUUCAAAACACUCGACAAAAAUACUGUUACUGCUCUCUCAUCAAUACAGUCUUUGAAGCUCUUGGAUUUGUCCGCGACUGACUUAUACUCGUUACCAGAAUAUCCUUUCGGAACGCCUCGUUUUCUUUCCAUCCUGAAUUUGUCACUAAACCGCUUCAGUGCAAUACCUGAUCAGCUCGAGCACGUAGAAGCACUGCAAUUCCUAUUCAUGGAUGACAAUCCAAUCAUUUCCAUUGAUAAAUUUCCCCGGUUAUCGAAAUUGGAAGUUCUACAUUUGAACUGGCUGCCAAAGUUAAAGCAGAUCGGACCGUAUAGUUUGAGCAAUCUCACAGGACUAAAAGAGCUCUAUUGUCAUAAUAACAUAAAUUUGAAAGAAAUAUCAGCAAAUGCUCUAACAUCAAUUCCAACAGACUCGUCUGAAGGACCUGUAUGGCCAGUUCUCAAAAAGUUAGAUCUACACCAUAACGGCCUUAGAUAUCUUGAUAGCAACCUACUGGGAAGGUGGGACCUCCUGGAAGACGUGAAUAUCAAAGGAAAUCCAUGGGUCUGUGAGUGUGACAAUCAAUGGAUUGUUGAAGAUCUCAUACCAAAGAUUAGAGCUUUGAAGAAAGACCAUCUUCUUGAUGGGAUUAUAUGUCAUGAACCUUUGGAAAUGAAAGGCGUGUCAAUGGUUGAUCUGCAAGCCAAACAUUACACAAUGCGAUGCCUGGACAAAUAUGGCAACCAACCGGAGAAAGAUGGCAGUUUCUUAUUAGGAUUGAUUAUCGGAUUAUGGUUCGCUGUACCUUUCAUGGUUGCUGCGAUUAUAGUGUACAGGAGACGCAAUCAAACUCCGAAGCAAUUCUCGAGAGCUUUCUAUAAGAGAGCAGAGUCUAGUGAAAACUUGGCUGAUUCCAUGCAUUAUUGAAAUAAUACAGAUUGUCUACAGAAUUCUUCUGAUCCUGAACUGUGAAUCACUCAUUCAAUUAAUAAGGAAAUUAUUAUCCUUACCCUCCACCGAUAAUAAUUUUCCCAUUACUUACUUUCCGUGACCAUGAUCACCAUUAUGCUAUUAAUCUAUAUAUCUCCCUCCAAAAAUUUAGCCACCUGAAGGGCUCUGUCUUUGCAAUUGAGGAGGUCUCUAUGACCUCCAUUCAUGACUCAUUGAUACUAUAGUAAGAAGAAAGUAUUAUCUUUAGACUAAAAUUAAGUACCGUACAGACCAAGGAGCAUGGAAUACAUUUUAUUCUAGGUACAUUGGUACAGACUGAUCGACGCGCCACGAACACGCGCCGCUCACAAGUCGAUCGCGAUCAGCGGUGUGCACGCUGCUCGUCAUUAAUAAUUGAUGAUUUCUAUAAGAAACUCAGCUGAUGAGGUGAAUAUACUAUUUUCAUUCACGCGCAACUAACGUGCCAAGCUCCCGUUCAAACUUGUAUAACAAUCAAAGUGUUCGUCGGAAAAACCGACAGUUUAUGGAUCGUGACAAUUAGCGGUAAACGCGCUGCUUGCGCUCUGUUCGCAAGCAACUUGGCGAAUCCUUGUUGAGUAACGCUCGUGAGAUGCUUGGCGCGUAAGUAUGUACGCAGCUUGGAUUUUUUCUUCUUUUCGAUCAAUCAAAUCUGAAACUAAAACUUUGUAAUAGAUAAGGUAGGUCUUUUCUUCACUGAUUAUUCAAUUUGUGCUCCUUUGUGCUCUCUUUGUUUUUUUCUGUUACUCAGAGAAGAAUAAAUAUUGUUGAUGAACAGAAAUAAUACGUUGAUGUAUCGUAAGUGAGUUUGAAGCCUAUCUUAUUGAAUUUAUCAAAAUCUUUAGAUUUAAUCUUUGAUAUUCAUAUAAUCUCAAGACGUUAAUAGUCAAAGGUCCAGCGUUACUGAAGUUGUAUCAUUAGGUCAAUGUAAAUGCGUUUUGCUUUAAAUAAAAAUGAGCGUGCGCCUUUAUUUCUACAGCAUUAACAACUAUACUGAUAUGAGUUCAAGCUUUUCAGUACCUAUACUUCACUUAUUGGUAAGUUUGAAAAAAAACAUAAAUUUUCUAAUUUCCAUCAAAUUUCUUGUUUUCAAACUGUUCAACAAUUUAUUGAUGCUUCAAUUGAAUAAAGGCCUAUAUGACACAA